AUGUCCAGGAACAACAUCAAACAAGUGUGGGCUCUGCUCAUGGUGUUGCUGUGUGUGGAGCUGCGUGGCAGUGGCAGCGCGAGCGCGGCACCCAUCUGUGUCCACGGCCAGGCGGGGUGCCACUUCCUCUCCCUGGCAGACCUCUUUGACCGGGUCAUCCAGCACAGUGCCAGGAUGCACAGCAUCUCCAGUGACCUGCACUCUGAAUUCGAGCAAUAUGUUUUGCCAAGCAGAAAUCAUAUUGGCAGGAUAAACCGCCACUGCCAUACAGCCACCAUACUAACCCCUAAUGGCAAAGAGAACGCGCAGAGACUGGCUAGAGAGGAGUUAACGGAGGUGAUUCUGAAGCUUCUGGUAGCAUGGAAGGAUCCUCUGUGGCAGUUCCACCAGAACAUGGUUCACCAGGAUGACUUCAACAACUUCAGCUCCAACAAAGCACUGGAGAUGAGCUACAUGGUGCACGAGCUCCGCAAGGGAGUCGAGAAGGUGGCUGAUAAGAUGCAGCACCUGGGGAUGAUCAGUAACACCCUGAGUGGCCUGUCCUCCCCUGAGGCCUUGGACCCCUCAUCAGACACCUGCGGAGAGUCCCAGGCCAUGAGCGACCACGACCUACUCUACUGCUUCAGACGGGACUCCAACAAGGUCCAGAACUACCUGAAGAUCCUCAAGUGCAGGAUCGUACCUGAGAACGGAUGCUGAGAUGUGAAGACAAGAGAAGAGGCGUGACAUUCACAAGCUACCGUGUCAAUCAAGGAAAUCAAGGACACAUCAUGAAUAGACACGAUGAUAAGACCGAGAGAAGAGACUGGGACUGUGGCACUUUCCUCCUCCUAACAAGUCCAACGAUAACUUCCACCAGCGACAAUGUCUUAAUGUCUUCUAUGUACUGUAUUUAUGUCAUGUCACAGAGAAAUAUAGUACAGAUGUAAGAUCUUAAUCUGAUC